AUGCUUUUACAAAUAGGUGUUGGCAUAAGCUUUGUGGCUCUGCUUGUGAGUAUCUCUUGGCUGUACUUGGUGUUGAAGAAAAGAAAGCUCAUCAUACGUAAAGAAAAGUUCUUCCAGCAAAAUGGAGGUUUUCUUUUGCAACGAGAACUCUCUAAACGAAUCACUGGAUCGUUUGAUAAAGCUAAAUUUAAAAUCUUUAUGGAAGAAGAACUCAAGAAGGCCACCAACAAUUUUUCUGAAGAUAGAAUAGUUGGCCGAGGAGGCUAUGGCACAGUAUAUAAAGGGUUUUUAACGAAAGACAAUCCAGUUGCCAUAAAGAAGUCCAAAAUUGUGGGUCAGAACAAAAUCGAGCAAUUUAUCAACGAAAUAGCCGUGCUUUCACAAAUCGACCAUAUAAAUGUGGUGAGACUGUUGGGUUGUUGUUUAGAAACUGAAGUCCCUUUACUUGUUUAUGAAUUUAUCAGCAAUGGUACCCUUUCUGAACACAUCCACAAUAAAGACAAGGCUACCCGCCUUUCUAGGGAAAGACGUCUGAAAGUUGCAGCAGAAACUGCAGAAGUGAUCUCUCAUUUGCAUUCAGCUUCUACUCCAAUUAUCCAUAGAGACGUGAAGUCUGCCAACAUACUAUUAGACGAUGAAUAAAAUGCAAAAAUGUCUGAUUUUGGAGCUUCAAAGUUGGUUCCGAUGAAUGUAACUCAAUUAUACACAAUGGCGCAAGGGACUUUUGGGUACUUAGACCCAGAAUACUUUCAGACUGGGGAGUUGACAGAGAAAAGUGAUGUCUACAGCUUUAGGGUUGUGCUUGUGGAGUUGCUGACAGGAAAGAAGGCGCUUUUACUUGACAGGCCGGAGGACGAGAGAAGUCUGGUCACGUAUUUCCUUUCUUCAAUGGAAGAAAAUCGUUUAUUUCAAAUUCUUUAA